AGCCAGCAGCUCUGUGUGACCUGAAACUCUAGCUUUUGUGACUUUGUGAAUUGAGUAUUUAGACUUAGAAAUUAGCUUUGGUGACUUGGUACUUAGAUUGUGAUUGUUAAAUUGUAAAUUUGUGAAGAUUUGUGUUAACCAUUAAACUCUUGGCAGCAGCUUAACUCUACCAAGGACUAAAACAUGGAUCCCUCACUGGAGCAGAGUAUGAAUGGCCUCAUGAAGGUGUUCCAGUCCCACGCUAGAAAGGAGGGAGACAAAUACAAGCUGAACAAAGCUGAGCUGAAGCUCCUGUUAGAGGAGCAAAUGGGUGAUUCCAUUGCUGCCAGCAAGGAUCCCUCUGUUGUGGAUGAAUUCAUGCUUCAGCUGGAUCAAGACAGGGAUGGAGAAGUGGAUUUCAAAGAGUUUGCCUACACGGUUGUUUCACUCACUGUCGCCUGCCAUGAAUCCUUGUGAUGACAUGUUUAAGGACUGCCAGCAGUGACACCAUCCUUCAAUGAGUAACACCUCAUCACAGCCAGUGACCUCCUAAGUAAUCAUAAGUCAUGCUGGAUGUAAAUUUCUGGGUCCUCACUGACAACACCUUGUAAUGUUGUAAAGACGGAUCAUUGUUAACCAGUGUCACAAGUCUUCAUCUUAAUAAAGAUGUUCAC